UUCACAUAUUUGCUCCAAUAUGCUAAUUGCCAACACACAGUCAGUAACAAAAAAACCAACGCUCUGAGACGAAAAGGGAAAGAGAUGGACUUCAACUGUCCAGCAUAACAACAACGCUCAAUUCGCACAAAGCUGAAAGCUUCUUAUUACUCUACCUUCUUCCCAUGGAUUAUCUUAAAACCGCUCUUCCUUCUCAAAUAAUGUCUGAAAGAGGUUCCAAUCUGGUUGUCAUCAACCCAGGCUCUGCAAAUGUCAGAAUUGGCUUGGCUUCACAGGAUACCCCUUUCAAUAUCCCUCAUUGCAUUGCUCGCCACACUAAACAAGUUCCUAGGAGGAAUGUCCAAGAUCAGAUGCUUAAUAGUCAGAUUACAACUGCACAGCAUAUGGAAAGGGAGAAGGCUUAUGAUGUUAUUGCAUCAAUAUUGAAGAUACCAUUUCUUGAUGAAGAAGCACCGAGUAAUGCAUUCCCUCGUAAGAUGGGACGUGUUGAUGGACAUAAUCCACAUAUUAUCAGGAAAGAUUUGCCCUUCUCUUGGACUAAUGUAUAUGAGGUUGCUAGUAUGUCUUCAGCUUUAGAGACAUCAAGUAAAGAUGUGACUAGCGAGUCUUUGGAUCCAAAAGAAGAUACAGAUUCAAAGGAGCUUCGCCUGAAUGAACGAAAAUUCAGAGAGUUCAUCUGUGGGGAGGAAGCACUAAGAAUAUCACCAGCAGAACCAUAUUGUUUAAAUCGUCCAAUCCGCAGAGGACAUUUGAAUAUUUCCCAACAUUAUUCCAUGCAGCAGGUACUUGAGGAUCUGCACACUAUAUGGGAUUGGAUUUUAGUAGAGAAACUGCAUAUUCCUCGUAAUGAAAGAAAUAUGUAUUCUGCGGUUCUUGUGUUGCCAGAAACAUUUGAUAAUCGUGAAAUAAAAGAAAUGCUAUCUUUAGUACUACAAGGUCUCUGUUUCGGCUCAGCAGUGGUGCACCAGGAAGGUCUUGCUGCUGUUUUUGGAAACGGAUUAUCAACGGCAUGUGUUGUAAAUAUUGGUGCGCAAGUGACAUCACUGAUAUGCAUAGAGGAUGGAGGUGCACUGCCAACCACUGUAAAAACUUUGCCUUUUGGUGGCGAGGAUAUAUCAAGGUGCCUUCUCUGGACCCAAAGGCACCACCAGACAUGGCCUCAAAUUCGUACAGAUAUUUUGACAAAGCCUAUAGAUCUGUUAAUGUUAAAUCAACUUAAAGAGACAUAUUGUGAGAUCAAAGAGGGAGAACAUGAAGCUGUUGCUGUAGUUCAUUCUUACGAGGACAGAGCACCAGCUGGAUCUCACAAGACAAGACUUACUGCUCUAAAUGUUCCUCCGAUGGGUUUGUUCUAUCCUACGCUUCUUGUUCCUGAUGUCUAUCCUCCUCCACCUCGUACUUGGUUUAAUGACUAUGAGGAUAUGCUAGAAGAACCAUGGCAUAUGGAAUAUACUCGUCCUGAUACAUUUUAUCCCAAUGUUGGUGGAGGAAUACCAAUGUGGGAAAGCUAUCCAAUUUUCGCAAGUAAGCCAAAAAGAGAAGAAAAAGUAGGCCUUGCGGAGGCUAUUUCUAACUGCAUUCUCUCAACUGGUCGCAUAGACAUCCAGAGAAAACUAUUCUGUAGCAUACAAUUGACUGGUGGAGUGGCUUUGACAAAUGGUUUAGUUUCCGCAUUAGAAGAAAGAGUCUUACAUGCCAUUCCUCCAAAUGAAGCAAUUGAUACUGUGGAGGUCUUACAAUCAAGGAUGAAUCCAACAUUUGUGCCAUGGAAAGGCGGUGCGAUUCUUGGAGUCCUUGAUUUGGGCAGGGAUGCUUGGAUAAAUAGAGAGGAUUGGAUUCAGAAUGGGAUUCAUGUUGGAAGCAACAGAAAGUACAAGGAUUCUUAUUACAUACAAGCUCAAGCAAUGUGUUAUUUGAAUUCUUGAAAAACUAUUUUAGCACAUUAUUAGUAAUAGUUUAUCUUCUAACACUAAAUUAAUAAAUGAUUAUUGCAAACUAACCACGUUUGAAAACUACCGAUCCUUUUAUCUGUGAAUGUUUUGUGAAUACUUGUGGAAAUAGUCUCAAUUUGAUAAGGUAAGGUGGUUUGAAAGCUA